UGUGAUUGAACCACUCAUUGGUUGAGACUGACGCUGUCACUGCAUGUCAUUGUUGCGUGCUUGUCACACUUGACGCAACCGUACGGGCCACUCACAUUCCCAGCUCUCUCUCACUCUCACUGGCUCUGAAUGGUUGCCAAGGACGUGUUUGCAGGUUGCCAUGGUAAAACCUAAUUAGCAUCUCCUCGCUCUAUUCUUGGGAGAGAGGAGAGCAGAGAAAAAGCUCCAGCCAAGAUUUCUAGCCUCUGGCAGAGCAGUGGGCCUGGUCGGGGGUAUUUGGGAUGCGAGGCAGUGGCGUCGAUGAGACAAGCUUGGUUGUCAUGGCUCUGCGUGCGUGGAUGCCUGGUUGUAGACUGAUGAAGGGUAGACCUGCACAAGACAGUGAGAGCUGAAAUCAUUAAUCCUAUCACGAUGCAAUGACCUUUACAUGAUUGGGCCCGGUAUCCAUCCUGUGGUUUGAUGCUGCUGGGAUUUUUUUUUUUUUCAUCCGGUACAUUUUUGGAACAUGUAAUGGCCUUGGUGAUUGAAUCUCAUUGAUCCAGUUCAUCAAACCAGCUGCACUGAUUCCCAUUCAUCCUCGCACAUUGGAAGAAGAGGACAGAUUUUUUUUAUGCCGGACCUCUGACAAACUGAAAUUAUUCUAAUGUUUGUACGUGGAUACCGUCGUACAACAGUACAGUGUGUUCUCCAACUAGUACUGCUUAUGUUGAACAAGGAGCCAAACCUACAAUUUGCCACUUGAGCAAUGGAGGAGACUGCAGCUUCAUUGCCUCAAGGUGGUAGCCUGCCGCCAUGCCACCCAAUCGUAAACCAGAGCGUCUACUGAAGAGACACUUAACGUUAGGCCUGAGUAAGAGCUUCCCUAGUGCCACACUGUCCCGGGCCCUCGGCAGCCGUGUCAAGAUGGACCUGAACAGCAGCUGCUUUGCUGAGAUCAAGCUGGAGAAAGGCACCAUGGACGACGACGAAUUGCGGCCGCUCAGCUGGCUGCACAGCACAGACCUGCUCAAAGACAUGAACUUGGAUGAUGAGGAGGAUGGCAACGCUAAAGAGAACAACGCUGGCGAUGGCAUGAUGAACAAGUAUGGGAACCUGUCGGCAGGGGACCAUCAGGACGGGCCCGUGGACCCCAAAAGGCACAUCAACAGUAAGCCACCGUUUUCAUUCAGCUGUCUGAUCUUCAUGGCUAUUGAAGACUCACCGCUGAAACGUCUUCCAGUUAAAGACAUUUACCAGUGGAUACAGGACCACUUCCCUUACUUCCACAACGCCCCCACGGGCUGGAAGAACUCUGUCAGGCAUAACUUGUCGCUCAACAAAUGCUUCCGUAAAGUGGACAAGAUCAAGGGGCAAAUCAGCCUGUCAAUAGGAAAAGGUUCGCUAUGGUGCGUAGAUCCAGAUUAUCGGCCCAACCUACUACAAGCGCUGAGAAAGACCCCCUACCACCCUUACCAUCAUGUACUGCCCUACAACUCCCAUCCCUACCAGUAUCAUCAGGGCCCACUCUGCAACAUCUCAAGCAAUCCUAACAGACUUCCUGCAAUGCACAUUGGCUGGAGUAAUGGCAUACCUUUACCAGGUCACUUAGCGCUGGUUGAAAGGCUACUGAAUGGACCGCUUCACUACUCGCCCACACAGCACAAUGGACUCGACACUGAGCGUGAGGUGGAUGCUGCAGCCACUAUGAUGAUGUUCAGGACACCCCCAGAGCAGCGAGUUGAAGAACAUGCCCGUUUGAAGUCCUUCUCUCCUCAGCAUGGCCCACGUCAUGGCAGUAUACCCAUUGGGGGAAUGGCUCCCUUACAGGCCAAGCCUCGUCAGCCCCACGUCAGACCUACACUCUCAGACCUGGCAGAGACUGCCUUGAAUGAUCAGAGCCUGCCAAGACCGAGGUUGGCGUCCACACCAUACAACAAGGCAGCCCUCCAGACAAAGUGUACCCCGGCUCCCUCUAUGUCAGACGACCAUACCUACAGCCUGAGCGCCAUCCUCAAAGCCCAGCGAGACCGAGCUCAGCAGAUGGAUGAGGCUUGCAUUGAUGAGGAUGAGGAUGAUGACCCCGUGGAAUGUGACAUGAGCGACUUUGAGGACUAUGUGGACUCGGAGUCAGACAUGGAGCAAGACGAGGAGUCUAAGCGGCUUGGGGACAGCGGCUACAUACACGACGCCAGGUUUGAUGACAUGGAUGAUAUCAAGAAGAGCACCCCCAGUAGGAAGGCCCUGCAGUUACCAAUCAAGAAGCGGCCGCCGCGCUCAUCCAUGGACAACGACUUGGCUGCUGGAGCGGAUGCCCUACUCAACCUGGCAGGCAUCAAGACCAGUGAAGUCCCCCUACGCUCAAUCAGUCCUCAGGCUGAUGUUACUGUCACAUGAUGGGAACUGGGAGUUGUAUUGAUUCCCUGCUGCAUGGUCAGUUCCCCUGACUUCCAUCUUAAGAGUCUUAAAGAUUUUCCCCCUCUUAGUUUAUCUUUUAAUAACCACAGGGGCUUGAUUUUUAAUGCCUGUUGUUCCCUUUUUGAUUGGGUCGCUUGUAGAUGCUAUUGAGAAUGAUGAUGAUGGUGGUGAUGAUGAUGAUACAUUUGAAGAGUUGAGGGGGGGGGGGUCGGGUAGGGUUGAGUUGAGCAAAUGUUCAAGUUGGCUGCUCGCUGCACUGCUUCCAUUCCAAAUAAUAUGAUGUUGGGUUUGUUGGAUACGGCAAAACCUUUGAGAAAGUUGAAGUAUUUUCUCUCACUUUCCAGAGCAGAUCGUCUGACAAGCUGUUUGCAAAAACGGUGUGGUUUUGUAUCAAGCUACUCCGUAGCAAUUGUGGGUUGCCUUGAAUCCUCUUGAAAUUGAGACUUCCAGCAAAAUGUUUUCCAUCAAAGCCAAACAAAGGAAUCAAUGACAGUAAAUCAAUUUUGUAAUGUCUUUGAAGGUUUUUGCCAAACUUGCCAUAAUAAUUCUUCCUGAAAAAACCCACAAUGUUCCAAUGUAUCUUUGUGGUUUAUUCCUAGAAAUUGUAAUCUACAAUAGCAAUCCCACAACUGCUUUUGAGGAAAGUUGAGAACAAAACCACUUUAACUUCUUAAAGAAACUUUUUGGUGACGAUCGUGUGCCAACAAACCCAAGCAUUGUUGAAAAACAAAAUGGUGCGCAAAUCUGUAAAGACUUCUUGCCAUAUAGUACGCAAUUGAACGGAACAAAAGUUUGGGCGUAAGCCUUUGUACUGAGGGAAAGAAAAAAGGAAAUUCGGUUGUGGAUGCAUCGUUUAGCUGGUUAAGGUUUAAGAACAUUGGUGUAACUAUCAGGUGCAUUGGUUAUGUACAUGUAGGGACAGAAGUUACAGGAUUAUCAUCCUGUAAAAACUGUCGUUCUCCUUUUUUCUUUUUUAAAUUAAAUCUGAAUGUAACAAGAUUCCAGUGCUUCCAUAUUUUUUGCCCUGUACAUUUUCUUAUUGGUCCAGCAUUACGGUAAUAUGUAAAUGUGACUGUAUAGAACAAUCAUUGUGAUUCGUAGAUGAAGCAUUAACCAGUGUCAUCGUCAUUGUAAUUUCAGUCUGUGCCAUUUUAUUUUUUUUGGUCGCACAUUUAUUUUUUAUCUUUAAAUAUUUUGUGUUUCAUCAAAUAUUGGAAAAGGGAAUUAGCAGAAAGAGAUUAUUUGGUGUCUACCCCUGUUGCUGACAUAAACACCCCAGAUUCGCUUGCUUUAAAACGGCAUUUUAUGUCACAAUCACAAGUCAGUUUUUGCCCCCACAUUGAUCCAGAGUUCCUUCACAGGAUCUGCAAAGCCUGUCUUUGUUUGAGGCAUCAGUAGCAACUACAUUUCAUUGACUUGAGAGAACAUUCCACAAGUAGCCUGGAGACUGUAGCCUUAAGGCACCAUACUUCAUUGAAUGAGUACAGGCAAUGGCCUUCAAGUUUCUGAGAUUUCAUUGGUUACACAUGUUCUGUAACAAAUCUUCCCUGUAAUCUGAUUGGACAAGUUUUGUAAGUGGGAAAAACUGAUGUCAUUCAAUGUUUUUGGCAAUCCCAGCUGGUUGUUUUUAUGUCAGUCAACUUGGGUGUAAACCGUCUUCUCUAAUCCUAAGUGGUUUUCCAGGUAGACUAUUAAGGUGCUAAUUGGGGAGUAUAUUGGUAAAAACAAUGUAGAUGUUACAACAAGUAGCUUUAGAUUGAGACUCUGCAGAGUUUCCAGAAUCGCACAGCGAUUGGUCAAAACUCUUGCAACAACGGAACAAAGCUCUUCCAAAUUAUGAUUGUACAAAAAAAGAAAGAAAUUAUCGAAAGAACAUAGAAUUACCUGCCAGAUUUAUUUCCAGUCACUCUAUGAUCUUCCAAAAGUCCAUGUUAGAUGAGUGUAUAAAAUAAAAACACUGGGCAUAGCAAAGCAAAAAUGCCAGGUUUUAAUUUUCUGAAUUUAUUGCCAUUGUAACACAUCCGUCAAGCUUCUUCAGGUAUGUGAAAGAUACCCCACUUUGGUUGGAGAAGUGCUUAUAAUUUGAUAUCUUCCGGAUAAACCUUCCUACCAUUGGACCACCCAUCUCACAAUCUAGAUCAGUUUUGUGUGUGUAGGUGGCAACAAUAGACCUUUAUGACAGUGGAACAUAUCGUUGGGCCUCCGAUUGUACCAACAAGGAAUCAGAUGGACAUAAGUGUGUCCUUUUUUUUUAGUAAUAAAACCAAUUUCUGCUGUUCAAGACAUGCUAGAAAAUGUCCCCAACUGCUGUUGUGGGAAGUCAUCUGUUUGGCUUAUAUCAGGAGAGACUGUUGCAUCAUAAAGGUCUAUUGUAAAGGUCUAUUAAAAAACAUUUAUGAACAAAAACAGAAUUUUAAUGGAACUUGUUGAAUUGCUUGUCAUUUACAUGGUAACUGUCAUGUAUGAUAAAAUAUCCUAUUGAAUAUUUUUAUUGUGAAUUUUCAUUAUUGAAAGAACAAACCAUCAGGACAAGGGAGGUGAUUGUGUAUUUUUAAGGUAAAUGUAAUUAUGAUAUAUUUUUAAUUUGUUUAAAAUGUCAAUUUUUUUUCUUCCAACACUUUUAAUCAGUUAUCUAAUUUUGUUAAAGAUUUAGUUUAUUAUAGGGUAGACCAGAUUAACAAAACCAAAAAGAAAAGAAGAUUUUUGGAUUUGAUUUUUGUCCCCCACUGUAAGAUGCUGAACCAUGUCAAGCACAGUCCAGAGUAAUAUUACAUUGCUUAAGCUUCAGUUUGGGGGAAAGUUGAACUAUUGCAAACACCAAAACUUCCUGCAUGUCAUAUGCAAAUGGAAAGUCAUGAAUUGUGCAUCAUGAUUUCUGAAUACAAAUUCCUGGGUAGUCUCCAAUAAAACAAAUUGCUGAAUCCUGAAGUCAACUCAUGCCAACGUCUGAUAAGACUCUAAACCAGUACAUUUUAAAAUCACUACGAUAAAUCUGAUAGAUUUUGUGUUGUUGGAAAGUGUAUAUUGAUGAAAUAUAUUACGCCUGGAAGUGUGAUCAGUCAUGCAAUUUUCAGGCUUUUUUUUUUUUAAGAAGAAAAGACACAAGUAUGUCAAUGUGUGGGGGCAGUGCAUAUGUAAUUUAUUGUACAGUACCGUAGUUGAGAAAUCGUAAAGUACAUGUAACUGUUCAUCAUUAUUCAAAGAUUAAGUUUACUUUUAUGUACAGUAAUAGUUUAGGUUCUUUUUCCUACCUCUACUGAGUCCUGUAUGCCUUCUUUUACAUUUAUUGUAACCCUUUCUUUCUUAGCUGUAUUAUUUAAAACAAGGAACAAACAAAAAUUGUGAACAAAACAUAAAAAUAACACGAACAAAUAUAGAAGGAUCAA